AUGGAUCGCUUUCAGACCGAGGGCGACGUUAACAUCGAGGCCUCGCUCGACGACACCCUCAACCAUAGUGAGCUGCCUGCUUCCUCUGUGUCACCCGCAGACGGUCCAAACACGAAAGCAAAGCUGCAGUUACCCGUGAGCUGCGAUCCACCGGGGAUAGGCAAUCCGGCGAAACAAAUGGUAUGGAUUAUCUUCGGCAGCACAGGACACAUGGGUCGCAGCCUCGUGCGCUCCUGUCUCAACCAAGGCGACCUGGUCUGCGCCGUCGGCCGCACCUUUGAGAACACGCUCGACUCGAUGCAGAACUGGCAUCCCAACUGUCUGGGUACGCUCUGCGACGUGCGCGCGCGCGAGUCGGUAAACGAGGUGAUCGAGGCGGCUAUCAAGCACUUUGGCCACGUCGACACCAUCGUCAACUGUUCGGGCUACGGCGUCAUUGGCGCGUGCGAGGACCAGGACGACCACGAGCUGCGCAACCAGUUCGAGACGAACUUCAUGGGCACGCUGAACAUCAUCCAGCUCAGCCUGCCGUAUUUCCGGGAGCAGGGCGCAGGCAGGUACUUGAUCUUUAGCUCGACGAGCGGUGCAUUGGGCGUGCCGGGGCUGGGACCGUACUGUGCGACGAAAUAUGCGGUCGAGGGACUCAUCGAGGCCAUGUUGUAUGAGAUUGACUCGUUCAAUAUCAAGGCCACGCUUGUGGAGCCGGGGCUGGUCAGGAGGGAUGAGCCGGAUUGGGAAAAGAGCCCGCUGCCCACUUGGGGGCACUUUUUGAUCCGGCCGGCUAGCGAGCCGUAUUCGCAUGCUACGAGCCCGGCGCUGCAUGCAAAGAGGAUGGUGCAGUGGCUGGGGGACAAGCAGCCGACUAGUGCUGUGAAGUGUGCGGAGUUGGUAUGGCAGUUAGGACAUUGCUCGUAUCCCCCGCUGAGGCUGUUGCUGGGCAGUUAUGCUAUUGAGAGCAUUAGGGACCGACUACGGUCUGUCAUUGAAGAGUUGGAGGACUGGAAGCAUCUGCAUUUCCCCGUUGCAGCUGGCGAGCUUGAAGAACAGGAAGACGCGGGCGAAAGCUCGGGACAAGCAGCACAGCAUGACACAUAG